AUUAUGGGAAGGAUCGCAGUUGCUUUAAAUUAUAGAAGUUGGCAAGUGCCUGGGAGAAGGAGUGGGAGGUUGUUUAAACUGAGAAAGACGGUUGCAGGACUUUGUACGACAGCAUGAGCUCCGAGCUUCGCACACAUCCUUUACUUUUCAUCAAGAUGCUUCUCUGCAUCGUUGUGAAGCAGCUUGAAUAGUAAACACAUUUCUGCUCUGAAUAAUUUUUAAUGGUUUCUAAAUUCAUGGGAGAACCAAAGCAAGGAAGUCUCAUGUUUGGGGAAGAAGUCUGAACCCAGCAAUGCCCAGGAAAGAGCCGAAGAUGAUUGUCCUGCUCUACGUGACGAGUCUUGCCAUCUGCGCAAGUGGACAACCCCGAGGCAACCAGGCGAAGGGAGAGAACUACUCUCCAAGGUAUAUCUGUAGCGUCCCUGGCUUACCCGGGCCUCCAGGCCCUCCUGGAGCAAAUGGGUCCCCUGGGCCCCACGGUCGCAUCGGCCUUCCCGGAAGAGAUGGUAGAGAUGGCAGGAAAGGGGAGAAAGGAGAAAAAGGCGCUGCAGGUCUGAAAGGUAAGACUGGACCCCUGGGCCUUGCUGGUGAGAAAGGAGACCAAGGAGAGACUGGGAAGAAAGGUCCCAUGGGACCAGAGGGUGACAAAGGAGAAGUCGGUCCAGCUGGGCCUCCUGGGCCAAAGGGAGACCGAGGAGAUCAAGGGGACCCAGGACUGCCUGGAGUGUGCAGAUGUGGAAGCAUUGUGCUCAAGUCUGCCUUUUCAGUUGGCAUCACAACCAGCUACCCAGAAGAAAGACUACCCAUCAUAUUUAACAAGGUCCUCUUCAAUGAGGGGGAACACUACAACCCUGCAACGGGGAAGUUCAUUUGUGCUUUCCCAGGCAUCUAUUACUUUUCUUAUGAUAUCACGUUGGCCAACAAGCACCUAGCCAUUGGGCUGGUGCACAACGGGCAGUACAGAAUACGGACCUUCGAUGCCAACACGGGGAACCAUGAUGUGGCUUCCGGGUCCACAGUCAUCUACCUGCAGCCAGAAGAUGAAGUGUGGCUGGAGAUCUUCUUCAAUGACCAGAAUGGCCUGUUCUCAGACCCAGGCUGGGCAGACAGCUUGUUCUCGGGGUUUCUCCUGUACGUUGACACAGAUUACCUAGAUUCUCUAUCAGAAGAUGAUGAGCUGUGAUCUGGACUGCAGACCCGAGUGUUACGGCAGCAACACCACAGUGGCUUACAACCUGGAGUGCUGCAAGGUGGAGCGAGUGAGAAGGAGAGUCAGAAAAAAAAAAG